AGUAAUGUUAAUUACACGUGGAAAAUAAAAACUUGCAGAUUUAUACUAUCUAUAAUGAUAAAACUUGGUGAUAGAUUUACAAAAAUUGGAUAAAAGAAAAUUUUUUCAAAUAAUAUUUCUCAUAUAUUAUAAACUGUUCAUUCUUGAUAAUGCCGGUAAUACGUGCUCUCAAUAAAAUUUAAAUAUGGAAUCGAACUGUCAAAGUUCAGAUUUAAACAUGAAACAUAUGCUUGGUCAAUUAACGGCGGCUAGAAACGAGAUUAAUAAUUUAAGACAACAAAUAAAAAACUUACGAUACAUGCACGAAAAAGAUAUUAAUAAUAUUAAACGUCUCUUGGAAUUAAGUAAAAAUGGUACAACUAACUUGGAAUCCAAGAAGAUAUCUUUGGAGGAGGUAAAACCUGGUACAAGUAACGAAGGCGAUACUUUAAAGUUGAAACCUAUUGGGAUAAUAUCUACCUGCUUUCCUAAUAAAAGAGGUGUACCACGACAGCCUGGAAUUUCUGGAAGGACGUCUGGAAAAAUAUUACUUCAUAAUUCUGUGUUUACAAAUCCAGACCAUGCGCUUCAAGGAUUACAAGAUUUUUCUCACCUGUGGAUUAUAUUUCAUUUCCAUAGAAAUGAUUCAACACAUAUUCGUGCUAAAGUGGCUCCACCAAGAUUGAAUGGCAUUAGAACAGGUGUAUUUUCUACCCGUUCUCCUCAUCGUCCUUGUCCUAUCGGUUUAAGUUUGGUGAAAAUAUUAAAAAUUGAUAAUUAUACCAUCUAUUUUGAGGGUGUUGAUAUGGUAGAUCAAACACCUGUCUUAGAUAUAAAACCUUACAUUCCACAAUAUGACAAUCCAUUGCACAUAGAAAAAUUAUGCAAUAGAUUAAUGGACUUUCCUAUGAAUGAGAUGGAAUCAGUUGAGUAUAUGGAAGAAAGUAUUAAUUUAAUUCAAGAUCAAACAUCUAAUUUAAAUACUAAUUUUGGAUCCAAUAACGAUUCAAGAAAUAGGCUUUCUGAUUUUUAUCUUAGAAAUGGUUCUUAUAACAUAGUACAAGAAACAGAUGUUUCCAGAGAUGAAGAAAUUGCACUUAGAUUACAAGCAGAAGAAUUCCAAGGAUAUCCUAAUUUGGAGAAUUAUCUAGAAUCAAGGAAUUAUAUUCAAUCUUCGGAGCUUAAUUCAGAAAAUACUUUACAAAAUAAUGAAAAUACUAAUUCAUAUGAAAUGUCCAAUACAAUUGUAAAUACAUCAUCUAAUUCAAGAUCAGACUUUACUGCAACAAUCGAAAGUAAUACAUACGUACGUAGUUUAGAAUCAGAUUCGGAAGAUACAGGAGAUUUGAAUACCAGAUUACAAGAUGUAACUUUUAACGAUCAAAAUAAUGUCGACUCAAUUUAUACAUUGAGAAACGAGAGAGAUAAUUACACAGAGAUUCAUACUUCUCGUAAUUCCAGACUUUUGGAUGGAGCAGAUGGACCAAAUACUGUCUGCGGUACAGAUUUAGAUUUAUUGCAUAGGUGUGCAUUAAAUUCAAGAGUCGAUAAUUCUCCAGUACGUAUGGGUAUUCGAGAAGCUCCUGAUGGGGAAGAAGGUUUUCAACCUCAAACUUUAACACCUUCUCAAACUUUAUCUAAUUUUCCAGUAUCUUUAAGAACUACUACAGAUAAUAAUUUAUUACAAAGAGAGGACAUCAAUUUAAUAGGUACUACAGAAUUGAGAGAAAAUGCUUCCUUUGAAGUUAGAAUUCCAGAAUGGAUAUCGAGACCAAAUGUACGAACACUGUCUGUAGUGUUUAACGAACGAGCUUUGAUUCAUUUGAAUGAAAUUUUAGAAGAUAAAGCGGAAGAAGAAAGAAGAGCGAUUGAGAGUGUUCUUCGAGAAGAUCCACGAUCAGUAUAUUUGAGACAAAGAUGGGGAAAUCAGUUUUAUACUUUUUUAAUUCAUAAUUUACAUAUUACUUGUAAAUUUGAUGAUAGUAGGGGUAUAGUGACUGUCUUUCACGUACGUCAUGCAGGACGUGUUUGUGAAUGUGGACAACCAGAAUGGCAAUGUUUAGGUCAUUCCCCCAUAUCUUAAUAUACAUAACGACAUGGAUUACUCAUAUUUUAUUUAUAUAUUACAUUUUCAUACCUCUAAUAGCAAUCGUCAGAUGAUGAAUAGUAUAACAGAGAGAAACAUUAAUAAGGACUUGAGUUGUCUAUUCUUUAUGAAUUUUGUUAUUCAAAGUUUACGACGAAGUUGUUCAUUUCUUUGUUUUUUCCCUAUAUAUCAUUACAUCUACUGUUGCAAUGUACAAGUUCCUAUACGUGUUUUUCGUUUUUUAUAUUUCAUUCAUUGUAAUUUAUUAUAAAUAGAAAAUAUAUAAUACUUUAGAUGCAAUAAUGUACAUUAUUACAAUUCUGUCACAGAAUGAUAUUCCAGCAUUUUUUAUUUCUAUAUCAAAAUAAUUAACAAUUAGUAAACAUAUUAUGUAUACAUUCGUAUCGUUGAAUCAGCUCCUGCAGAAAAGACCCACGGUUGAGUAGGGUGAAACAUGACAUCCAAAAUUCCAAAAUCAUUAUAUGAUUCAUGAUUACAUAAUCUUUUUAAUGGUACUAUUAACGGAUUUUGUAAUAAAUCACUGAAAAUGAGAAAAACAUUAAUAACAUUAAUGCCCUAUGAAAUAAUGAUAUAUAAAAAAGAAAUUGUGAAUAAAAGACAUAGUUUCAUCUUACUUGUAUACCAUUCCAUGUGAAACAAUAAGACUUCUAUCAUCGGCACCAGAAGCAAAAAGGGGAUAACGUUUAUGGAAAGUUACACCUCGUACACCUGUACCAUGUAAACGUAAUGUUUGAUACGGCUUCGUACUUAAAUCUAAAUCGAACCAUAACAUUUUACGAUCAUAAGUGCCAACCAAAAUAUUGUCACCACCUAAAAUGAUAUAUAAAGUAGUAUAAGAGAUGAUUUAAUAAAAAAUAUAUGAUAUUAAA